AUGGUAAUACUUAGUUAUUUAUUAUUCGUAAAUAGUAUAAAAAUAAAUCAAAUUCUAAACUCACAUGUUAUAAAUUCAACAUCUGAUUUUCAAUCAAAUUGUUCAACAUGUAUUUGUCAAUGUAUUAAAUACAGUUUAUCAUCAUCAACAUUCUAUUGUUAUGUUAAUUGUUAUACUAAGAAUGAUACUUGUCAAGUAAUUAUUUCUGCAUCAAAAAUUAAUUCUAUUAUCGUCAUUGACCAAACAAGUACUGUUUACUUUGCUAAUUAUUCAACUUAUGCAACAACAACUAAACCUAUUACUACAAGUACAAGUACAAGUACAAGUACAAGUACAAGUAUAAAUCAUGGAGGUUUAAUAAUUGCAAAUACAAUUGUAAAUAGUAGUUCUACAAGAACAUCAGAGAUCAGUGUAACAUACGCAACUACUAAAACUGCGAUUUCAACUCCCUGA